GUAGCUCUUCUGCCCACUUGUAAGUGCAACUGGUAUGGGUAAUGGUGUGAAAGAAGGUCAAGUGGAUUUCAAACAGCAGGAUGUGGAGCCAGUUACAUCAACCCAUCUCCCAUCAGAGGGUAACCAGGAGAAAAAGAAAGUACUCAACUCCCUGAUGUCUGGUGCAUUGGCUGGUGCUGUUGCUAAAACUGCAGUGGCUCCACUGGAUAGGACAAAAAUCAUGUUUCAAGUGUCUUCAAAAAGAUUUUCUGCCAAGGAAGCCUACAGGCUGAUUUAUCGCACCUACCUCAAUGAAGGCUUCUGGAGUCUCUGGCGGGGGAACUCAGCCACCAUGGUCCGCGUGAUCCCUUACGCUGCCAUUCAGUUCUGUGCGCACGAAGAGUACAAGCAGCUCCUGGGGAGUUACUACGGCUUCCAGGGAAAAGCGCUGACACCCUUUCCUCGAUUCAUUGCUGGCUCUCUGGCAGGCACAACGGCUGCCAUGUUAACCUACCCCUUGGAUAUGGUCCGUGCUCGAAUGGCUGUCACGCCGAAGGAGAUGUACAGCAAUAUUGUUCACGUCUUCAUCCGAAUAUCCCGAGAGGAAGGAUUGAAGACAUUGUAUAGGGGAUUUACACCAACCAUCCUUGGAGUGAUUCCAUAUGCUGGGCUUAGCUUCUUCACCUACGAGACAUUGAAGAAACUACAUGCAGAUCACAGUGGGAAACUGCAGCCAUCCCCUCCGGAGCGGCUUUUGUUUGGUGCCUGUGCAGGCUUGAUUGGCCAGUCAGCUUCUUACCCCCUGGAUGUGGUUCGCCGACGAAUGCAGACAGCGGGGGUUAUGGGACACACGUACAGUUCCAUCCUUCUCACCAUGCAGGAGAUUAUAAGAGAAGAGGGACUAAUCCGUGGCUUGUACAAAGGACUCAGCAUGAACUGGGUCAAAGGUCCAAUUGCAGUGGGAAUAAGCUUCACAACCUUUGACCUGACGCAGAUCCUUCUCCGUAAAUUACAGCACAGCACUAAUGUUGAAAGGUAGUAGCUUAAUCCCCACAGCCUUUGCUGGGGAAAAGUACAACACGUGUAGAAAGAGCAAUGCUAGCAUUCCCUCACUUCGUACAUGCUGUCCUGCAGCUGAGAACUUACCUUUCUUGAUUGUUUGUUUGUUUUUUCUGUUGUUGUUGGAUUUUUUUCUUUUUAAUGAGCCUAUGGGUUGUUUGGAAACCUCGACCUGAAACUAACUCUUUCCUAAACAAAAUUCUUCUUACAAUUCUGCAGAACCGAGUCCUCUAAAGUAGCUGCCUCACCCUUCUGUUUUACUCUUCGAUACCAGGAGCGGAGCCUCUCAAACAAAGAUGUGCUGCUGCUGGCUCCUCACCUGGUCUCUGUGGGCAGAUGAAGUGGUGGGUGAUGAGAGAGAGGACUCGGUGCUGUUGGAAUGACCCCCUGAAUCUGGGAAGUGACUGCUGCUCCUGGUAGGCAGUUUUUAGUUACUGAACGUGUGUUAGCUGGAGGCAGUCUGCCAAGUGCAAUAUUGCAGUAAGUUUGUAGGGAAUUCCAGAUUCCUCUGACCUGUAAGCAUCGGUCUCCAUAAAACAGGACACAGCAGGAUUUAACAGGUCCAGGUCACUUCUUUUGUUCUGGAAGUUGAAUGUGAGCUCCGGCUGGAAAUGCUGCCCUUUUUCAAAUGUUCUUCUCAUUUCUGGGUUUUGUUACAUAAAAUAUCCCUUGCUGGCAGUGUCCCUCUGAGAUUACCAAAGACUGUAGACAGCAGGGGAGGAAAGUUCUGAGCAGUUUUGUAAAUCAAAUUCUCAUGUUUGUUGUCAGUGUUUGUUGAGUUGGGGCUGUGCCUGGAUUCACAAACUGGAUUGAGUCGAACUGCAGUAGUGCUUUCGGGCUACCCAAACCCCUCCGUUGUUGUCAUGGUCUUAAAGGCAGUGUUUUCUGAGGGAUUUGGCAGACUGUAGUGUUGAUGCACUAGAAAAGGAAGUGCUACGUACUUAAAACUUAAGCAGUUUUAUCCUUCAGUAUUAUUGUUGCCGCUUUAUGCACGACGCAAGAACAAACAUCUCAGACGCACGUGUGAUGCAGACUUAGCUAUCCUGAAAGGCCAUUCACGUCUGGUGAAUACAGCCUAGUAGUUGACUCAAGCUGCUGGCCCUGCUUCUGAACAACCUUGUUGUCUUCUGGUGCCUGCUGUGUACGUUGUGUCGCCUCCGUUCGUUAGUCCACAUCUAAGCCCGCUUGCUUUUAUUCCUAGAGUUCUUCUGGACCAACUGUGUCCUUGGGAGAACGGGCUCCACAACCGGUAUUGACCCUUCAGAAAUUAUAUAUAGUGCCAAUCAUUUCCAGUUGCAAUUUGAAAAUGAAUGGUACAGUACCUUUCAGUGUUUCUAUUUCAAGUCCAUCUUCAGGGAAAUGGAGAUUUAGGGGUGGUUUUGUUUUAUGUUCCAUUCCUAUAUUAAAUUUGGAGUGCAAGAGAGGUCAGAGCAAACUUUAGACUUCUCUGAGAAUCGGAUUACAUAAGCCAAGAUUAAAAAUCCCUUUCCAGCUGAUACAGUCUGUAAUGUAUAAAAGAAAAAUAAGGCAUAAUUUAAAAGCUGUCUUUUUCUGGUGUAUGUAUUUUAGCCGUUGUAGUUUGAGCCUUGUGUCAUGGCUUUAUUAAUGGGAAUGGAGGUAAUUGCACAAUUGGUAGAAAUAGCUUUCUCCUUUCUUUUGUCUUUGCACUUGUUCUUUGGAGCAUAACUUGCUUCUAAUGCCAAAUAUUUCCCUAGGGACUGAGCACCUACACUUCCAUUUUGUGGACAUGGUGGAGAGCCAGCAUACCGAAGUAUUAGCAUGCAUGUUGUUCCCAGAACACGUGGGAUUGAUCAUACUUUAAUGGUUGUGGAUGGGCGGGGUAUUAACCUCAGUAAUUUCUGCCUCCAAGCCCACAAAUGAUGAUUUCCAUUGUGAAACUUGACUGCAGUCACUGAUUUACCUUGUAAUUAAAGAAAUGUUAGGUGUUGUUGUUUUAAGAGUCUUUAGAGAUGAUAGCCAUGAAUUCUGUGUGUUUUUUGCUCCCAUUGCUAAUGGAAGAUGAUCGGCUGUUCUCUUUGUUUGGGUGAAAUGUUGUUUAGUCCUUUGCAAGAGCUCUGAUUUCUUUUCUCCAAUGGAGAAGCCAAUUACUUCUGCUCUUGUCUUUAUCUUGUCUGGCCCAGUGAGGAAAUACGACGGCAGUUGCAUCCUACCACAAAAGUGAGGUACAGACCAGCAACUACUUGUGUCAGCAGUUGACUGAGCGUACGUGCGUGUAUGUGUGUCUGACUGUGUACAAUCCAUGCCAAGUUCUCUCUCAGCUUGGAGGCUGCCAGUUCAAAGCACAGCCCUUUCUGCACAGCCGGUGGCUACUGUAUGAAGGCGAGAGGAAGCUGAACUGUGGCAUCCAAGUUAGAGCGAGCUCCUUUGCUCCGCAGUACGGUAGGUCAUCUCAGAGGCAAGCGCAGCAGACCUUGUCUCAUGAGAUGUUGAGCAUCACUGAACCCUUACGGCAAGAGAGGUGGCUUAAUUCCUCCUGGGUCCUGACUGAGGAAGGAUUUACACUGGAUGACUAGCCUCUUGUUUGGGACUGAGCGGGAGGGCAGAUCUGCACAGGGUACCUUCUGCCACGUCAGAAGUGCAGCUAGUGUAUUAAAUGAACGGGAAGCCUGUGGAGGAGUCAGGUUCUGGCUGGCUGACUCCGGCAUCACCCACCUUGCAGCUGAAACGCAGUGCAGGCAGCUCAUCUAGAGCCUGGGGGCUCUGAGCUGAGAAACAAGACCUGAAGCACAGCCAGGCUUGGAAGCGUUGGGCUCAGAUAAGUUGCUCCUUAAUUAGCAGCUGCACCUGAUUUUAUUUCAAUGGAAUUUUAGCCAAACACAUUUUUCCAAGUUUUGCAGGCUGAGUGUUUGUUCAGAGACAGAUCUUUGAAUUCAGUCUGUAAUGGUUUUGGUGCUUUUGUUUCUUGGGCAAAAGUGUUCAGAGCACUGUGUGUUAUUGCUUUGGGUUGUUUUAAAUAGCUUUUUACUUUUUUUUCUUCUCUGAUUUGAAUGUAGAAAAGGAGAAACAGAGUGUUCUCUUCCCUUCUCUUAAUGUUUGCAUGAAUUGAGAUGUGUUCCAGAUCUCUCUGCUGCCUGGAAUGAGUGCCCGAGGAGUUUUGGGCAUGCUGAUUUGGAAAGGGAGGGUGCCUGUGUGCUGGCCAAGAAGGUCCAUUGCCUUUAGCUCUGAGAAAGGAGACAAGUCUAACAGGAAUAUUCUCUAGUCCUUCUUUUCUGUAGAACUUCUCUACGACCCCAAAUUCCCCAUUUUUUUCAUUUUAAGCUUCUCAAAUUCCUUGCUUUUAUUUUCAAGUCAUGUUUCUCAUUGUUCCUUAAUGCGUUACCGCCAAACAUUAAUUUGUGCUUUUUUUUUUUCUUGUCUACUCUCCCUCCCUCCCUGCUUCUGCACCUUUAGUCCUGCACUAGCACUUCGAGAAAAUCAGGUCCAAUGAAAUGCAUCCAAAAUGACGAAAUUGCAGCUUUGAUAGCGAUGCCCAAACAGCCCAGCUAGGCUUCCCAGUCACAGGCAGCGAUGCUUGGGGGAGGGGGGCCAAGAAGUUAAAGGCACUAGAUGAUGGGGCAGAAGGUUUUCUUGAAAGGUUCUUGAACCUGCUUAUCCAGCCUAGUGCCUUUCCUUCUCCUAGCACCUUUCCUUCACAAGCUGUGAAAUGCUGCUGCUUCUUAUCGUUCCCUCUUUCUGUACCUCCACGUGGUGCCCGCUGUGCUCUGUGAAAGUGGCUGCUGCCUGGGUAGGUAGCUCGGGGAGAGCUGGUCCUUCUGGGAGCCUUGGAGGGUCAGUUAGGGAACUUGAAUACGUGAGAGGUGGGAUCGGAGCUGGCUUCUUGCAAACCCCUUUGCCCUGCAUGCCCCGUGCAGACCUUUGCCAGUUCCCCGGGAAGACAGAGCUGCCGAAGAGCUGUGGUGGCAGGACUGUGGUGGAAGGAUCAGGAGAGGAGUCAUGGCUUCCUGAGGCAUUAAGUCACCGAAAGCCAUGGGGUGGGUAGUGUGGUGUAGCAUUGGUACUCCAUGGAAGCUCUCCAAAAGCAGUUUCAUACCUUCUGUGGAAAAGUAGUGGUACUUCUGUGAACUUCUUAUUGCCUUCCGCCUAGAAGGGCUCGAGCACUAUCAUCUUCACCCUCUGGUGUCUUUAACACAAGAGCAGAUGAGGCAUGAAAGGAAACUUUGAGCAGAAGCACUGUGGCAACCCCGAGCGAGUCUGGGGGGUUCCUGGGCGGGCAGGAGGAGGAGGAGGAGGAAGUGCAGUGGGAUAAUUCCCAUGCCGUUUCCCCAGUGCCUGACUGGGUACUUGGGCUCCGCAGGGAGCCAGGGCGUAUGUUACGGACCCUCCCUACCUGGACUGGGCCAGAGGAGGAGGUGGCCUUCCUACAAAACAGCCUUUUUCUUAUUGUAGGGGCUGAUUCCUCCUGCUACCCCCGUCUCCCCCUUAAAUGCCAUGUGAUGCAGGGUUUCCCAGCACUGUUCACUGCCUGUGUGGUCUAUGCAUAUAUUAGCACAAACAUUGUUAAAUGCCUUUUGUCAAGACGUGUCCUCACCAUCAAUGUGUGCGUGUACGUAUGUGUGUCAAUUUUGACUGCUUUUCUUGGAUCUGGAGUUCUAUUUUAUUGCAGUGAAGACACUUUGUUAUAUAAUGUUUAUAUAUUUUAAGAUUUGUGCCAAGAGAGGAUGUAUAUUUAAUAAAAAAUAUAAUUGACUUUGCA